AAAGCGAAGGACGGAGGUGGCAGCUUGGUGGUGGUUUCGGAGCGAUCCUGAGUCCGUUUCCGAUGGACAACACCGCCUGCUUGAAGUCCUUGCUCCUUACCAUCAGUCAGUACAAAGCCGUUAAGUCAGAGGCUAACGCCACGCAGCUAUUGCGGCACUUGGAGGUAAUUUCUGGACAGAAACUCACACGGUUGUUUACAUCAAAUCAGAUAUUACCAAGUGAAUGCUUGAGCUGCCUUGUAGAGCUACUUGAAGAUCCGAACAUAAGUGCUCCGCUUAUCUUAAGUAUUAUUAGUUUGCUAUCUCAAUUAGCUUUAGAUAAUGAAACUAAAGAUUGUCUUCAGAAUGCAUACAAUCUGAAUAGUGUGCUGGCUGGAGUAGUUUGUCGGAGCAGUGCUUGCCACAACGAUUCAGUAUUUUUACAGUGCAUUCAACUUCUGCAGAGGUUAACAUAUAACAUCAAAAUUUUCCAUUCUGGUGCCAAUAUAGAUGAGUUAAUUACAUUUCUGAUAGAUCACAUUCAGUCUUCUGAAGAUGAGUUAACUAUGCCUUGUCUGGGAUUAUUGGCAAAUCUCUGUCGACACAAUAUUUCUGUUCAAACUCAUAUAAAGACUUUGAAUAAUGUGAAAUCUUUUUAUCGAACUCUUAUAACCUACUUGGCUCAUAGUAGUUUGACUGUGGUUGUAUUUGCUCUUUCGAUACUAUCCAGUUUGACAUUAAAUGAAGAGGUUGGGGAAAAGCUGUUCCACGCUCGAAACAUUCAUCAGACUUUUCAGUUAAUUUUUAACAUUCUCGUAAACGGUGAUGGCACACUAACUAGAAAGUAUUCGGUUGACCUGCUAAUGGAUCUCCUUAAAAACCCCAAAAUUGCUGAUUAUCUUACCAGAUAUGAGCACUUUUCUUCAUGCCUUAAUCAGGUACUAGGUCUUCUUAAUGGGAAGGAUCCUGAUUCUUCUUUAAAGGUUUUAGAAUUACUUCUUGCCUUCUGUUCAGUGACUCAGCUGCGCCACAUCCUUACUCAGAUGAUAUUUGAACAAGCUCCAUCUGGCAACACUAUACUGGGAAGCCGUUCUAAAUGUUUAGAACCUACCGUGGCUAUACUUCGUUGGUCAAGCCAACCUUUGGACACCUCAGAAAACUGUUCUAUUUUAGCAUUACAGUUGUUCAAGGAAAUAUUUGAGGAUAUCAUCGAUACUGCUAGCUGUUCCUCAGCUGAUCGUUUUGUGACCCUUCUGCUGCCUACAAUCCUUGAUCAACUUCAAUUUAUAGAACAAAAGCUAGAUGAGGCCUUAAUAAGAAAAAAAUCUGAACGAAUGGUCAAGGCCAUUGAAAUUUUGUUAACUCUGUGCGGAGAUGACAAUCUAAAAAUGCAUGUUGCAAAAAUCCUGACCACUAUCAAAUGUACCACUCUGAUAGAACAGCAGUUUACUUACGGCAAGAUUGACCUGGGGUUUGGAACAAAAGUAGCAGAUUCUGAAUUGUGCAAACUCGCUGCUGAUGUAAUUUUAAAAACUCUUGAUUUGAUGAACAAACUUAAACAGUUGGUUCCUGGUAUGGAAGUUAGCUUCUACAAGAUCCUUCAGGAUUCUCGUCUGAUUACUCCUUUGGCUUUCGCUUUAACGUCAGAUAAUAGAGAUCAAGUGCAGUCUGGAUUGGGAAUAUUAUUGGAAGCUGCACCACUCCCAGAUUUUCCUGCAUUAGUACUUGGAGAAAGUAUAGCAGCAAACAAUGCCUAUAGACAGCAGGAAACAGAACAUAUACCCAGAAGAAUGCCUUUACAAUCAUUAAAUCACAGUUACCCAACAUCUGUAAAGUGUUUAACUCCUCCACUUCUGAAAGAUAAUAUUCCUGGAUUGAACAUUGAAGAAUUAAUAGAGAAACUUCAGUCUGGAGUAGUGGUAAAGGAUCAGAUUAAUGAUGUAAGAAUUUCUGACAUAAUGGAUGUAUAUGAGAUGAAAUUGUCCACGUUAGCUUCCAAAGAAAGCAGGCUACAAGAUCUCUUGGAAGCAAAAGCUUUAGCCUUGGCACAGGCUGAUAGACUGAUUGCUCAGUAUCGCUGUCAAAGAACUCAAGCAGAGACUGAGGCACGAACACUUGCUAAUAUGUUGAGAGAAGUUGAAAGGAAAAAUGAAGAACUUAGUGUGCUUCUGAAGUCACAGCAGGUUGAAUCAGAAAGAGCCCAGAAUGAUAUUGAGCAUCUCUUUCAACAUAAUAGGAAGUUAGAGUCUGUGGCUGAAGAGCAUGAAAUACUGACAAAAUCGUACAUGGAACUUCUUCAGAGGAAUGAAGCUACAGAAAAAAAAAAUAAAGAUUUACAGAUCACAUGUGAAUCUCUGAGUAAACAAAUUGAGACAUUGAAAAAGUUGAAUGAAUCUCUCAAGCAACAAAAUGAAAAAACUAUUGCCCAAUUAAUAGAGAAAGAAGAACAAAGAAAAGAAGUGCAGAACCAUUUAGUAGACACAGAAUGUAAACUAGCCAAUUUGCAACAAAAAGCUGUGGGACAAGAAGAAAAAAUUAAAACCUUGCAAAAAGAAAGGGAAGAUAAAGAAGAAACCAUUGACAUCCUUAGAAAAGAAUUAAGCAGAACGGAACAGAUAAGAAAAGAGUUGAGCAUUAAGGCUUCCUCCCUAGAAGUUCAAAAGGCCCAAUUAGCAGGUCGGUUGGAAGAGAAAGAAUCUUUGGUGAAACUUCAACAAGAGGAAUUGAGCAAACACUCUCACAUGAUAGCAAUGAUCCACAGUUUAAGUGGUGGAAAAAUAAGUCCAGAAACUGUUAAUCUCAGUAUAUAGACAUGGUGGGAUUUUGAAGUUUGUAAUGGUAUUUGUGAUGUAUUUAUCUAUUGUGGGAUAAGGGAGGGAAUUUGUGACUCUAAAACACUCAGAAAUGAUUCAUACAGUAAACAUCCUGUUCUG